AUGACCAUGACCGAUUUGCCGGAUCUGGACAGCGGUGAUGGCAUCAAGCUGCUGGACCUCGACGAACCUGAUAGGGAGAAGCUGGCAGACUUUUCUUCUGAUGAUGAGUCGGAGAUGUUCUUUGAGCCGAUGAAGCCAGAUGGAGAAGAGCUGGCGCAGUCGGAGGCCGAGAACAUUGUCUUGAUGAUUGACGAAGGCAACCCAGACUCAGCAUCUUCCUGUUGGAGGCCGGGAAAGGAGCUAGGCAAACAGCUCGGUCGUGGGCAGGGUGCUGGCAACUUUCAGACGCAGACACAGAUGAUACUGUGUAACGUGUUUUUCGCAUUGCGAAGGCUUCCUCGAGCCUUGCUGCAAGAGAUCAGUCGAGGUUGCAGACCCACUUCUUUCAAGAAGGCCAAAAGCUUGGCAGCAGACGUGGCUGGCCAACUCACCCGAGUCGCUGGCAACUCAAUCCGUGGAGUCGUGUCGAAGCUUCGGAGGGCAGGUUGGCAGAUCAAGGAGUCGGAGCCCGUGUGCAAUACAGAAGAGGCUGCCAAAGCAUCAAUCUGUCAUUCACAAAGUGAGUCGGUCAGUAUGCAGCUCUUGGUGACAGAGGUGUUGGCCAAUGCGGCGGAGAGCAACUCGGACGAGAGCCUUCUCCGUCGCCUUUGUCGUCUGCAAGACCAUGGGUUUGGCGUUGGGGAGAAGUUGCAUUCGACACAGUUCUUCCAGCUCGUUGAGCACCUGGCUGCAGCUUACGUGAAAGAAGUCGACGCAGGUGAUCUCUCGGCCCCGUUGCCAGGGAUCGGCAUCAAGUCGCACUUUUCCUUGAUAUUCGACAUCGUAUCGCUUGGGAGGAGUUCCUUCAGUCGUCACGAAAGCCUAGUUGUCACUGGCAUCUCCUUUGUCUCACCGACAACGGGAAUGUUGCACACAAGGCUUCUGGGUGCACCGUCAGUUGGUGGCAACCACACUGGAGAGCAGGUUGCAGCUCAGGCUUUAUUAGCGCUGGAGUCGCACCCAAGCAUGCUGAAUCGACAGACUGCCGCACGUCGCCUGGCAGCCAUAGGAGGCGACGGAGCAAUGGUGGCUGGAGGGGAUCAGGCACGUCACAAGUCGACAAAGGCUGCAAAGCAUUUGUGGA